UGUCCCGGAAGUGCCUUCGCCCUCAGUAAAGAUGGCCGCUGCACUUGGCGCGAGGAAGGCGGGGUUGCGCCUGCGUAACAAGUUCGCCGGAGAAGAUGGCGGAUGACAAGGAUUCUCUGCCCAAGCUGAAGGACCUGGCAUUUCUCAAGAACCAGCUGGAACGCCUGCAGCAGCGUGUGGAAGAAGAAGUCAGCAGUGGUGUGAGCCAGGAUGGCUCGCUCUUGUCCUCCCCAUUCCUCAAGGGCUUCUUAGCCGGCUAUGUGGUGGCCAAACUGAGGGCAUCAGCAGUAUUGGGCUUUGCUGUGGGUACCUGCACUGGCAUCUACGCAGCUCAGGCAUAUGCCGUGCCCAAUGUGGAGAAGACAUUGAGGGACUAUCUUCGGUCAUUGCGAAAGGGGCCUGACUAGCUCUGGAUCCCAUGGGGG